AGUGGAAGCGCAGUGCGUUGCAAGGCGUACUUAGCGUGCAUGUAAUCACCUGCAGCUGAGCACAGGGAAGCCCACAUGGGAAGCAGGAAGUGCUCGGGCUUCCUGGAUUAUGACAUGCAGCUCUCCCAUAGCUACUGCGUUACAAGCCGUGACGUGCUCUGGAGAUAAUGGCAACUUGCUGUGAAUAGCGGAGGGGAGGGGAUUAAGUGGCAGAGCGGCUGGGAGAGCAGCGAGUGGUUUGCAGACCACAGGGAGAUGGAGUGAGAGAAGGAAAACGCAGUGUGCCUGCACCAGCCAGUCAUUAGGAACCGUCCUGGAGGGAGCGGAGGCUACGGCAUGUUAUUUCUUACCCAAGAUCUGAGGAUUUAGAAUGCAGCUUAUCUAAAACAAAUAUGGCCUCUGCUGGUAAAGUCUGCCAUCAUACCAUGUUGGCAGGUAAUUCAAGCCCUGGAGAAUUGUCCCUGGAGCCUUUAAUACUGUGCAAACUGUGUCUUUGUGAACAUCCAUUUGAUAAGAUGACCUCCUUACAGGCAUGCAGUUGUAUUUUUUGCACAUCGUGCCUCAAACAGUAUAUACAGUUUGCAAUCCGGGAAGGAUUUGGAUCUCCAAUCACUUGUCCAAACACAGUGUGCACAAACCAGGGUAUCCUUCAGGAAGCAGAGAUUUCUGCUUUGGUACCUGUUGAACAGCUACAAUUGUAUCAACGGUUAAAACUUGAGAGAGAGGUGCAUAUGGACCCCUGCAAGACAUGGUGCCCUACUGUAGACUGCCAUACUGUAUGCCAUGUAGAAACUGGUGACUCUGGUCUACCUGUACCAGUGGACUGUUCUGCUUGCCUUAUAAAAUUUUGUUCUGUUUGCAAAAACAUCUGGCAUCCUGGACAGUCAUGCCAAGUAAAUUUGCCUAUCAUUCCUCCCGAGAAAGGAAUCCUUCUUACUAAAGAUGUAGAUGCUUGUAUCAAGCAGUGCCCCGUCUGCCGGAUUUAUAUAGAGCGGAAUGAAGGAUGUGCACAAAUGAUGUGCAAGAACUGCAGGCAUACGUUUUGCUGGUACUGCUUGCAAAACCUUGAUAAUGAUAUUUUCCUUCGCCAUUAUGACAAAGGACCAUGCAGAAAUAAGCUGGGACAUUCAAGAGCUUCUGUGAUGUGGAACAGAACACAGGUUGUUGGGAUCCUUGUGGGCUUGGGAAUCCUUGCGGUUGUUACGUCUCCAUUGUUGCUUCUGGCAUCACCUUGCAUUAUCUGCUGUGUGUGUAAAUCCUGUAAAGGAAAGAAGAAGAAAAAUGGCCCACCACCCACAGCCUAGCAUGAUCUACUAUUUGGAAAUGCACCAUGUUGCUUUUGGCUCGCAUUCUUAUGGAUAAAGUUCCGAUGCGCUCAAACACAUUCCUGUAUUUUAUUCAUUCACCUUUGGUUUUGUGCGAGGAAUGGCUGGAUAAAUGUUUUAAGUAGGAUUCUUGCCAGUUAAAGGAUCCAGUCCACGUCUUGUAUGAGUGUUCUAUUAUGAGACAUUUAUGAUGGAUGGGAAUUUGCUCUUCAAAGAACCUAUUGUGAUAACCAUGGAUCUAUGCAAAUUUCCAUAAACUCAUCAUGUAGAGAAAUAUACUUCUCAUUUUUUGCUUAGAAGGUUUCAUACUGCAGAACUGGAGGUUAGAGCCAAGGAAAACCCUUCCCCUUCCCCAAAAUGUACAAGUGCACUUUGCACCUUAAGUUCCAUCAAUCAAUUUGUAUAUAGAAAAUUUUGUAUUAUUGUUGCAACUAUGUUUCUGAGAAAAAAAUCUUGGCGGCUUAUCAGAGAUAUUGCCUUGUGAAUACUGGUUCUUAACAACAUAUCAAAUCAAUAUGUGGACGAGUUGUCCUGACAGAUUUACUGUGAUGAUAUCCUGAAUGCACAGUUUAGUAGACCAAAGGGCUGUAGUUAGGAACUGCUGUGCUUUUGUUAGGUUAUUGGCUCUUACACACAGGUGGUUUUUUGUGCAUUUUAAUGUGAGGCUUGAAUGCAACUAAAGAAAAGGAUUCUAUUUUAUUUUGCCUGCUUCUGCCCACUGGCAUUCAGAUCAAAAUUUUUACCACUGUUGUUUUCAUUGUGUGAGAAUUAAGCUCAUAAUAAUGUUCAAAUUGAGAAAUGCAUGUUGAACUCAUAAAUUUGAACUUACUUGUUAAAAGUAUAGUAAACACAAUAUAUGCUUGUAGAUGGAUUCAACAUAUGUUUUAACAACCACACAUUUAACACCCAUAUGUGUAAGAGCCUUUGCAGGUUGUGGCUUAAAGAGCAACUAAAUUUAAAAUAACCUUUUGAUGUACUUAAUAGUAAUGAUAUCUUUCACAUGGGUAAACAAUGUAAGCAGUGCCAGGAAAAUGUCUUCUUUAGAUUUACUAGUUUGUUGCCUCUAGACUUUGGGGAUGUCACACAAUAAUCCUUUCAUAACAGGGAUAGUACACCCCUCAUUCAAAGUGAGUUCAAUACACAUUCCCUGUGCUGAGCAUACUUCAUACUUCAUGAAAAUGGCUUUUCUUGUUUGUUGAGAUUGGCCAGUUCUAAGCAACUUUUCAGUUGCUCAUCAUUAUUUAUUUCAAAUAGUUUUUGAAUUAUUUGCCUUCUUCUAACUUUUUGCAAAAUGGGGUCACUAACCCCAGCAGCCAAAAAAACUAUUGUUUUGCGAGACUACAAUUUUAUUGUUAUUGUAACUUUUUACUACUUAUUUUUCUAUUCAGGUCCUCUCCUAUUUAUAUAACAGUCUCUCAUUCAAACCACUCCCUGGUUGCAAAGGUAAUUGGGUCCCUAGCAACCAGAUAGCUGCUGAAACACCAAACUCAAGAGCUUCUGAACAAAAAUUGAAAUAAUUAAAAUACUACAAAUAAUAAAAUAAGACCAAUUGCAAAGUGUCUCAGAAUAUUACUCUCUACAUCAUACUAAAAGUUAACGUAAAGUUGAACAACCCCUUUAAGAAAUAACACAACAAUAGCACGUUUGCAAUUUAAAUAAUUUUCUUCUUUUCAGUUUGAUGUUGGCAGUUUACACUGCUAAUAUAAUGAAUUUUCAACAGUGAGCAAAAGAAGCCAGUGGAGAAGCAGCAAGAGAUAUGUUCUUAAUCAGUAACUUAACUUUUUGGUGCUGCUGGACACCAGUUUGUGAUACUAGCAGUGUAAUACUAUAUUAAAGUCAAUUAAGUAUAUAAUGCAUUCAUUUGUUUGAGUGUGUAGGAUUCUUUUAUAAUGCCAUCUCUGUCUGCUGCACAACUAAACAAAAAAAAGUAAUUCAAAAACACAAAACUAUUGAAGUUUAUUUAUAAAUACUGGGCACAUUUAUACCUGGGCAGUAACCAAUAGCAACAAAUCAGUGAUUAAAAGCAAGCUACCUGAUUGGUUGCCCUUCAUUACUGCCGAGGGCAAAUUUGCACCUGUGUUUAUAAAUUACCCUCACCGUCCACAAAAUACUAAAAGUUAAUUUAAUUUUUGGUCGAAACAGAAAGCCAGAUUAUUAAAGCUUUCUAUACAUGUUUAACUUAAAAGAUUCUUCAUUGGUAUUCCUUUUGGUAUUUUGUAACUAAUGGGUUUUGUCUGUCUUGAGUAGGAACAUUUUGUGUCAGAACACAUUAAGCAUUCUUCCUGUUGCUCUGCUUGUUUAACAUUAAUUAGAUUCUGGCGAGUGGAACAGAUGUCAUGGUUUUUCCUUGUGUGAAAAAAACUACUAUUUGUCAAUAUUAGAAAACAAAAAGGCUUUUACCGUUGAUUUUUAAACAGUGACAUUAUACCAGUUCCUUUAUGUUGGUCAAACUAAGGUGUGCAUUGCUUUAUAAGUAAUUUGAAAGUUUGAUGUCCCACUGUACAGUAACCUUGAUUAGAAUGGUUAUUUUUUUAAGAAAAUAAAUGCAUAUUCCCACCCAAGCGUAUGUACAUAAAUAAUCAUAACUGUAAAUAAAGGAGCAGUGGUGGAGAAUUAUA